AUGAGUAAAGGCCGAGAUAAACGUCCUUUCGAAUCAGAGAACCAGUUCAUAUUGCGUCUACCUCCGGAACAUGCGUCAACUGUCAGGAAGAUCAUAAGUUCUGGCAAUGCCACCGGAAAAGAUAAACUGAAAAUUGAUUUAUCUUCUGAUGGCCGGCGUGCCAUUGUUGAGGUAGACAACAUCCCACUGUCUGCCAAGGUGGUUGAUUUGCCUUGUGUUAUCGAGAGCCUGAAAACUCUUGAUAGAAGAACCUUUUAUAAAACAGCAGAUGUUUCCCAGAUGCUUGUGUGCAGUGCAGAUGGUGAUCUUCAUUCUACUCCAGAAGAACCAGUUACCUCCACUGAUGCUACUGUAACUGGACGUAAUGAAGGGGAGGCAGAGAAAAAGUAUAUUUGGAAUCAUGGCAUUACUCCACCACUGAAGAAUGUCAGAAAGAAAAGGUUCCGGAAAACAACAAAAAAGUUCCCUGAUAUGAAGCAUAGUGAAGGUUGUAGUGGGUACAUUGAUUCUAAAGAUGUGGAGAAGGAAGUGAAGAGGCUGCUGCGCUCAGAUGCUGAAGCCGUCAGCACCCGAUGGGAAGUCGUUCAUGAAGAAGAAUCUAAGACAACACAAAGUCAAGCAUGCAUUUCAGGCCUUCCAGGAACCCCAGAAAUAAGUGGUCGAGUCUCAUCAGAAUAUGCUAUGUCUCAGACCACAUCUCAUGAUUCUAGCAGUCACGAUGGCCUAGAAGAAAAAGAUGAGGAGGAUGAAGAUGAAGAAGAAGAGGAAGAGGAAGAGGAAGAUGAUUCUGAAGAGAAUCUGGAAAGGGAGCUACAAGCAAAAUUUAUGGAAUUUACCUUGGGUGAAGCAGACGAAGUUUACAAUUCAAUAAUUAGGAGAAUUCAGAAGCUGAUUCGUCACAAGGAGAAAAAGAUCCAAGAUAUUCAGGGAAAAGCACAAAGGCAGAAAGAUCUCCUUAGAAAAUUGGAAAACCCAACCCUCAAGAGUCAUUUCCAGUCUCUGCUAGAGCAGCUUGAGUUACAGGAAAAGCAAAAGUACGAGCAGAUCAUUUUCCUGAAAAAACAACUGAAGUAUCUUCUGAAGAAGUGA